AUGUCUGGCUUCCCGAAGCGUAGCGCCGCUUUCAACCCGCAUGCUUAUCGCAGCCAGGCUGCGUAUGAUGCUCACAAAAACUCCAUCAAUGGUCCAAAGCAGGAACCGUCCGACGAGCCAAAGCCAACCGGUUCAUUUAACCGCAACGCCUACCGCAGUCAGGCGGCCUUUGAUGCGCACCAGAACACUUUGCAUGGCGACACCCAUCCUCCCAGGGGGCAAUUCUUCGACAUGCCGAAGAGCAACGAUUCGUUCAUCCCUCACGGUUACAACGACCAGGCCGGGCAUCAUUCGAACAAGAAUGCCUCUACUCUACGCACCGGCAACAAUCACCCGAAGAAUCACCCCAAGCAGCAGUUCCGGAAGAAGCGUCCCACCAAUCCGGCAAAGGGCUCCAGAACCCAGUGCGGUGUUGAAGGACGGCACUACAUGUCCGACGCCGAAGUGCGCGAGUGGUUUCGCCAGGCCGAUAUCGACUACGAGAACAAGAAGAAGAACAAUUCCACUGACACAAUGCGAUUGACACAAGCUGGGUACAACAAAGAUUACGUGCCGGCGGGAGGCCACACUCCGGAUUUCAGCGCCUUUCGGGCCAAAAUUCCAGCGUCAAACGUCAUCGUACCCGGCAUGAAAAAUUCCCUGCAUGGACCCGGGUGUUCUGGACUACACCAACGCCGCCACAUCGACUAG